AUGGUGGCUGGUGGGGCGGGGCCGAGCUUUCAGACCCGGCUCCCGAGGCGGCGGCGGCGCCCUCGGCCUGGCAUGGCGGGCACGGUUGGCAGGCAGCGGGAGGGGCAGCGCCGGCGGCUCCUCGAGAAGCUGCAGGCCAGCAACCGGCGCUUCGCCAGCGUCAUGGGGACCCUGGUGGCCAAGUACGACCGUCCCUUUGAAGAAGACAAACUGGUGCAUAUUGCGACAUUGACCUACGAGACCCCAUCUGGGCUAAGAGUAUGGGGUGGUGGAAGAAUCAUAACCCAAGAAAUCUUCCAGAAUAUCCAGAUGUCCCUGGAGAAGGAAGGAUACAGUCUGGAUAACGUUAUGCAAAGCACUUUCACAGAUGUCAGAAGCAAUGGCGUUGAUGAAUCUUUGGUUCAAAGAAACGAUGAUAUCAGCUUGAAGGAUGACAGCCUUCGAAACCUUCCAGAAAGUGAUUUAGACAAGAAGUACAUGACCCGAGUGGACGUGAUCCUGGAAGAUGACCAUCCCAGGAUGGUCAGGUUUGACAGUUUCAGGAGGAAAAAGGCCCAAACAGCUCCCAACGUCCUUUCAGCCGAAGGCAGUCCUAACACUUUACUUGGUUGCAGUGGUAAUGGCCCCUGGGAGAAUUAUGGGAUUCCAGUUAAGCCAACUUCAUCCUGGCUGGGUCCCCCAGACACCAGAAUGCCUCUCAAUCAAAGCCUGUUAGCCUGGAGAGCCAGGAGAGGUCCCUUAAGGGACACCACUUUUGGAGGUGAAGAAGCCACCCAGAACCUCACUCUUGGUGACAUCUACACCGAAAUGUUAUGUUCACUGUGUAAGUGUCUCCCUUCUCAGAAGAUGGGCCUCGUUUCCACCAGUAAAUAUAUUUCCAAAGGCUGGUUCCCAAAGAAGAGGAGGCUUGACAUCACUUUGACAAUGGAAAGUAGUUUUCUCAAGAUUAGUCAAAAGUUCCGAAUUAUCCCAGGUGAGAAAAGUAGCUUCAUUUGCAGAAACAAUUAUAAGCCGAACUUUUCACCCUGUAUUGAACCAGACACUAUCAUCAAUGACAGUGAAUUGUUAACCACCAAUUCUUUCCCAUUGGCGCUGAAGGCGGCGCUGCAUAACCGCUCCACUUGGGAAUCUCCUUCCAGGCCCAGGGAUGUGAGACAAGCAGCCCCCAGCCCCUCACAGAGCCACACGGGAUCCCAGUCCCCAGUGACACCCAGCUUGUGUCUGCCCCCUGCUCUGACAAGCGCAAAAGAGAGGUUCCGCCCUUUGCAGCAGGGUCCUCCUGGAAGGGAUGUGUUGGGGCAGGAAAGGUAUCUGUCCAGAUCACAGGUGAUGCCAAGGAUGCUCCAGACCCCCAAGAAUUCUCCCCUGUCCCAUGAAAGGCUUCCUCAGGAACGCUCAGCUUCUGAUGCCUCUGAAACGGGCCCAAAGACUGGUGUUCCUAGAAAGGUUACGAAGGCAAGAAAGUCCUUGCCUUUUUGCAUGGAGCAGACCCCCUGCAAAGCCCGGGAUGUGAUAGACUCCAUGUUUGACACAUACUCCCAAGAAACAACUCAGUGGGCACAGGAGCUUUUAUUCCUGAAGAAAUCAGGGCAGAAGUCAAAAGUGCUGACUCAGAGCAAAUUCGGGGAUUCCGUGGAAAGUUUGGGCCUCUGGGAUGGUCCCCAGGAGCCGCAGAAGGCAGCCUCCCCCCGGGGCAUUGCCAGGGACUCCCUGUGUGGGACAGUCACCAUGCUUCAUUGCACAGCCUCACCCAGGGCCAUCGCAAAAGGAGACUAUUCCUCCCCGACAAAAAGACGGAAAGUAUCAAGCUCCCAGACGUGGGAUCUCUUCAGCCCUUCAAAGAUGAGAGAUAAGGCGUAGGAAUAUUUUAACAGUAAUCCUUGUUAUUGCCAUAAACAGUACUUAAGGAGAGAAGUGGCCCCAAAGUAUCUGGAUCACUGUGGGGACAUAAUACAUUAAAAUAAAAAACAAAUUCAUGACUUUAAAAGCACAUAUGCAUUAUCUGAGAUUGUAGAAGCAUCCUGGUAUCGUGGACCCAGGACCCAGGUUCACACCCUGGCUUUGCCACUUACUCCCUGGGCCUCAGUUUCCCCAAUUGUCAGCCCUCGUGCCUUAUGACACAGACAGAAUUCUGAGCCCUUGGGUGUGUUUGAGAGCUCCAGCAAGUCAAAGUUGGGCCAUAUGCGAGAAUCUGAACUUCCUCCGACUGGUGUUGACCCCUGAUCCUGGAUCUCCCUCUUCCCUGUAGUCUGGCCACUCUACACUCUAAACCUCCUGUCCAUUCUCCUCCUGGAUCCUCUCGAGGUUUCUGCUGCCCUCCACUCGGCGCUCCUCCUAUAUCUUCUAUUCAUUCUCAGUCCCCUUGGCCUGAUCAGCCUCUGUGUUGAAUCCCCAGCUCUGGGGACCUGAGGCUGUGUGCUGGGCUGCCUUCUUUUCUCUCCGUGAUCUCUGUAAACUCCAGGGAUUCAGUCAUUGUCUCUGUGCAGGUGCCUUCCAGAUCAGUAUCUCUGGUCCCAGUCACUUGGAUAUACCCCACUGGAUGUCCCUUAGGCCUCUUGAGCUCAGCUUGUCUAAAGCAGAAUUCGUUAUCGUCCCCAUCCUCCCCAUACUUGGUUUUCCUCUGUCGAAGAUAAAAGAAUAUGAAUACUAUAUUCUCCUUUUAACGUACAAUUCUGUCCGAAAUAAUUUUAUUCAAUUAAGCAUUCUAAAUGCAGGCAUUUCUGGCAGUCAUGCGUGUGACUAUCCCUUUACCCCAAAACAGUUUGAAGACAGGAAUCUUGAAGAAGAAAAACUGUAAAUAUGUGUAAGUGCAAUCUGGGGUUAGUUUUUCAGCCCAGUCACAUAAGGGGCUGGGGCAGGCAACCAUCUGGACAAGGCUCGUGAUGUCUUUGUUUCCGGUUCGUUUCCACCGUUGAUCUAUUUUUCUAAAAGACCUUUUGUUUUUGCUCAGAGGGAGGGCAUGGAGAGUAGGCGAGUCUGAAAGGGGCUUUUAGAACUGAGGAGUUCUUUCUCAUGUGCUGCCCCGUUUCUGCGGAGGGCACGUGUGUUUUCUGUUCUGUCAGGUUCACCAGCUGGCAGUCUUCUCGGACUCUAAAGUUCUCUUCCACGCCUCAUGUUCCAGUCACUUAGUGCAUCUUGGUUCUACCUCCGUAACAUGUCUCCUCCCCCCUCCAAGGCUUCUGCCCAAGCUCAGAUCUUCGUCUCUUCUCCCCCACACUACCUGAAGAGUUUCCCGAUGGGUCUCCAGCCUGGAGUUCCCUCUCUCCUUACCCCCUCUUCCUCUGAGCUUUAGUUCAAGCUUCUUGUCUCUGGUGUCUUUCUCAGGCCCCUCUGUUUUCUCUAUUUGUUAUCAUCUCUGUGAUUUCCCUCCGAUACAAUGACGUGCCUUGAGUGCCAGCCCUCUGGCAUUCUUUCCUUGGGAUCCUCGGCAUUUCCCCCAGUGCCCUUUCCACGGCUGGCGUUUCAUGAUGUGUUGUGGACAGGCUCAAUUGCAUGUAAUGAGCUUAUAGCCUUUUCCUGCCUUCGUAGACUGUAGCAGUGGGCCAAAGAGCUCAUCACCUGGCCGCUUUCCUGCUGGUCAGGGUUAGGGAUAGCUGGCAAACAUGUUGGGCCGUGAUCAUACCUUGUCCGUCUUGGUGUAAGAGCCUUUCAAAUAAAGAUUCGUUUUUAUGA